UACAAAUACACCACCCUCAAAAUUUUCUUCUCCAAUUUCACAGUAAUCUUUCUACAUGGAAGAAGGACAAAACUGGAAGAAAUUAGAAAAUGAAGACGAACAAUCCCCUGUAGAAGAAGUUCGUAUAACUGUACCAACAGAUGAUGAUCCUUCAGUUCCAGUAUGGACAUUUCGAAUGUGGUUUUUAGGGAUAAUUUCUUGUGCAUUAUUGUCUUUUAUCAACAUUUUCUUUAGUUACAGGCAAAAUCCACUUAUUAUUUCUAUGAUUACUGCACAAGUUGCGUCGUUACCAUUAGGUAGACUAAUGGCAAAAGUUCUACCGACGAGGAAGUUUCAUUUGCCUGGAUUUGGUUCGAGGGAAUUUUCGCUUAAUCCAGGUCCUUUUAGUAUGAAAGAACAUGUUUUGAUUUCUAUAUUUGCUAAUGCUGGUGCUGGAUUUGGUGGUGGAACUGCUUAUGCUAUUAGUAUUGUGGAUAUUAUUAAGGUCUUUUAUCACAGGAAAAUCUCCUUCUUGGCUGGUUGGAUCCUUGUCAUUACUACACAGGUUUUAGGAUAUGGUUGGGCUGGUAUUAUGAGGAAGUAUGUAGUAGAGCCUGCAGAAAUGUGGUGGCCAUCUACCCUUGUUCAAGUCUCUAUUUUCAGGGCAUUACAUGAGAAAGACAAUAGUGGCAACUACUCUAGAGGAAAGUUCUUUUUAAUAGUUAUGACUUGCAGUUUCACUUGGUACAUUGUCCCUGGUUAUCUCUUCAAAACUUUGUCAACCGUUUCUGUUCUCUGUUUGGCAUUUCGAAAAUCAGUAUUAGCCCACCAACUUGGAUCAGGCCAAAAUGGACUUGGCAUUUUAUCUUUCACUUUUGAUUGGUCAGUCGUUGCAUAUCUAACCAGUCCAUUGGUCACUCCAUUCUUUGCCAUCCUCAACAUUUUGGUUGGCUAUGUUAUAAUAGUCUACAUCAUGAUACCUGCAGCCUAUUGGGGUUUUAAUCUCUACAAUGCCAACAAAUUUCCCCUUUUCUCCACUAAUUUAUUUGAUGCCAAUGGCCAGAAGUAUAAUGUUUCAGCUAUUGUCAAUGACAAGUUUGAGAUAGACAUGCCUACAUAUGAAAAGCAAGGACGAAUAAAUCUUAGCAUCAUGUUUGCUCUUUCAUAUGGACUCAGUUUUGCAACAAUUGUGGCUACCCUUACACAUGUCAUCUUAUUCAAUGGGAGGGAAAUAUAUGGCCGAUUUCGAGCUUCAUACAAAGGAAAAACAGAUAUACAUACAAGGCUUAUGAGGAAAUACAAUGACAUUCCUUCGUGGUGGUUCCACACAAUCCUUGUUCUCUCAUUUGCGCUCUCUCUUGUACUCUGCACAGUCUUGAAAUCGGAGAUUCAGCUACCGUGGUGGGGACUCAUUUUCGCUUGUGGUAUUGCCCUUAUUUUCACCCUCCCUAUUAGUAUUAUUCAAGCCACAACAAACAAUUCACCAGGUCUAAACGUGAUCACGGAGUAUAUUAUUGGACUAAUAAUUCCAGGGAAACCAAUAGCCAAUGUUUGCUUCAAAACAUAUGGUUAUAUUAGCAUGGCUCAGGCAGUGUCUUUUCUACAAGAUUUUAAGCUUGGCCAUUAUAUGAAGAUUCCUCCUAGAUCAAUGUUUGUAGUUCAGUUAGUUGGAACUUUCAUUGCUGCAACAAUUAACAUGGCAUCGGCGUGGUAUAUGCUGACACACGUUCCGUUCAUAUGUCAAUUGGAUUCACUACCUAAAGGCAGUCCAUGGACUUGUAGAGGUGACCAUGUUUUCUAUGAUGCAUCAGUGAUCUGGGGUUUAGUAGGACCAAAGCGAUUUUUCGGACCUCUAGGAAAUUAUGGUGCAUUGAACUGGUUCUUCUUAGGAGGUGCUAUAGCACCAAUCUUAGUGUGGCUACUACACAAAUCAUUCCCAAAACAGAGUUGGAUUAAACUUAUAAAUAUCCCAGUAUUACUUGGAGCAACAGCAGCGAUGCCUCCAGCUUCAACUUUGAAUUUCAAUAGCUGGUUUGUGAUUGGAACUUUGUUCAAUUUCAUCAUUUUCCGAUACAGAAAGAAAUGGUGGCAGAGGUACAAUUACGUACUUUCUGCAGCGUUGGAUGCUGGAUUGGCUUUUAUGGGGGUUUUCAUUUAUCUAUUUUUCGGUCUUACGAAUCAUGAGAACAUCAAUUGGUGGGGAAAUGUUGAAGACUACUGCGAUUUGGCUAAGUGUCCAACUGCUAAAGGAAUUCAAGUUGAUGGCUGUCCAUUGCUUUGAUCAAUGAUUUCUAGUACUUACUAAUAUUGGUAGGUUUCUGCUCAUAGUUUUAUUUUGGUGGUUUUCUUUGAUCUUUGGGUAUGUAUAUUGCCUUGUGAACAAUGGCAUUACUUCUUU